CCGCGGAGAGGGGACCCCGGCGGCCGCUUCGGAGGGCAGCAGAGCGGCCGGGCAGGCCGGGGCUUCCCUCCCUCCCUCCCCUCUUCUUGCACGGCCCCAGAGCCUCGCAGCCAAAGGCACCGAGGCGCAUCCGGAGCGCCUGGGCGGCUGGGGCGCGCGGGGCAACGGGGCAGCGUUGACUGUCUGGCCGCCCCGCCAGCUGCUCCUGCCGCCGCCCGGGACCGAGGGCCGAGGGGGCGUCGGCGGCUGCUCUCGCGCUGCCGCUUCCGGCCGGGAUGCUGGAGCAGCCAGGCGGAGGAGAAGGAGGAGGCAGAGGAGGAGCCGCCGUCGGGGAGCCCAGCUGCCCCAGGAGGGCCGCAGGAGAGCGCAGCUCCUCACGCAUGGAGGAGACGCCGCCGAGGGCCCGGCUCGCCGGCGGGGCAGCGGCUGCGGGGGCCGGUCGGGCGCUCCUGACUCUCGGCCCGCGGCUCUUACUCCUGCCGCUGUUGCUGCUCUUCGGGGCCGGCGGGGAUGCGCAGGAGCUGAGUCCGCGCGGGAGGAACGUCUGUCCGGCGCCGGGGUCCUCUGGAUUGUUUGCUGCCCAGGAUGGAGACAGCAGAGGAGGAGUGCCCGAUAGCCAUCUGCGAGGGCAACUUCACCUGUACCAACAACGAGGUGUGUGUAAGGCCCAACGAAUGCCGCUGUCGCCAUGGCUAUUUUGGGGCCAACUGCGAAACCAAGUGUCCCCGCCUCUUUUGGGGCCCGGAUUGCAAGGAGCUAUGCAGCUGCUACCCCAACGGGCAGUGUGAGGACGUGACGGGCCAGUGCACAUGCAACGCCAACCGCUGGGGCCCGCGAUGCGAGAAUGUCUGCUUGUGCAAGCACGGCAAGUGUGACCAGAAGACGGGCAAGUGCUCCUGCGAGCCGAACUGGUGGGGACCCCAGUGUGCCAGCGCCUGCUACUGCAGCCUCAACUCGCAGUGUGACCAGAAGACAGGCCUCUGCCUCUGCCAGCCGGGCUGGUGGGGGCGCACCUGCAACAACCAGUGCGCCUGCAGCACCUCACCCUGCGAGCAGUUCACGGGCCGCUGCCAGUGCCGCAGCCGCACCUUUGGUCCCCGUUGCGACCGUUACUGCCAGUGUCACAUGGGGAAGUGCAACCAGGUGGACGGGACCUGCACCUGUGAGCCAGGCUACCGGGGCAAGUUCUGCCGUGAGGCCUGUCCGGCUGGCUUCUACGGACAAGGCUGCAGGCGACGGUGCGGUCAGUGUAAGGAGCUGCAGCCGUGUACAAUUGUGGAUGGCCGUUGCCUGGCCUGCGAAGCUGGUUGGAAUGGCACCAAGUGUGACCAGAUCUGCUCCCUGGGCUUUUAUGGAGAGGGCUGUGAGCAGAUCUGCCCACCCUGUAAGGAUGGCCACACCUGCAACCAUAUCAACGGGAAGUGUUCCCACUGCAAUCCAGGCUGGAUUGGAGACAGGUGCCAGACCAAAUGCCGCAACGGGACGUAUGGUGAGAACUGUGCCUUCGUCUGCAGCAGCUGUUUUAACGGGGAGUGCCACUUUGAGACUGGGAGGUGCCUCUGCCAGGCCGGGUUCCACGGGACAUUCUGCAACCUGACCUGCCCGACUGGCCAUUAUGGUGCAAACUGCACUGAGCUGUGCAACUGCCAUGAUGACACCUGCAACCCCUUCACCGGCAUGUGCCACAUGGAGGCCAAUCAGCGGAUGGGGCUCAUUGGUGCCGGAGUCCUCCUGACGUUUCUGCUCUGCCUCGUCCUCUCGCUGUUGUCCUGCUGUUGCAUUUGUCGAAAAAAGGAUCAGGCACGGGACAUUCGCCAGGACUUGGCUCAUAAAAAAUCUUCAAGGCACCUUUGUGGACAGUUCAGCCAAAUCAGCUUGAAGCUGCCCCGGAUUCCCCUUCGCCAUCAGAAGUUGCCAAAAGUUGUAGUGGCUCAUCAUGACUUGGAGAACACCCUGAACUGCAGCUUCAUUGAACCUCCUUCUGUGGUCGAUCAGCCGUCACCCUCCUGGUCAUCCAGGGGCUCCUUCUCUUCGUUCGACACCACAGAUGAAGGACCCGUCUACUGCGUGCCCCAUGAAGAGAGCGACCACAAGGAGCGCGUCUCGGCCCCGAGCAGCACCCUGGAGAAGGCGCCGCAGCCUCUGCGCAAGGGGCCGGCGGUGGCGGCGGCGGCGGAGGAGGCGGGCGAGUACACCGUCUUGAAGGAGGGCCCGGCGGACGGCGGCGAGGCGCCCCUGCUCAAGUCCUCGGACAGCGAGCGCUCCUCCUGCGGCUCGGGCUCCGUCAGCGGCGCCCUUUACGCCCGCAUCGCGCGCCUCUCCAAGCAGUCCCGGGAGGAGGAAGAGGCCCCCGCGGCGGAGCCCAGGCCGCCCAAACCGCCCUCCCCAGAGCGGGCCAAGCCGCCCCCGCCGGACCCCUCCACUAAGCCCAAAGUCUCCUGGAUCCACCACAAGUACAACGCGACCCAGAGCAACUCCCUGCCGGCCGCCGCCGAGCUGCAGGCGGAGCGCCGGCCCGGCCCCUCCAAGCGGAAGCGGAGCCCCGGCGAGGCCGCGCGGGCCAAGGAGAGGGCCCCCAAGCCCCCGCAGGAGCCCGGCAGCCCCGAGGGCCAGCCCGGCCUCGCUCAGGCCAGGCAGCGCAGCCGGACCGGACCGGAGCCCGCCGAGAACCUCAACGGUUCCCUGCACUCCGCGCUCAAGAGGAUGGGGGCCCCGGCGGCGGCGGAGAGGCGGCCGGCCGAGGCGCUCCGGAGCCCCGCGCAGCCCAAAGCGCCGCCCGGCUUCUCCGAGGCCGCCACGCUGCUGGCCGCGCAGCUGAAGGAAAAGACACAGAGCCUCCAGCGGGGCGAGACGGCCGCGCGGCCCAACGGCGUGAGCCCUCUGCCGGCCCAGCGGGAGAAGCCGGCGCCCCCGCAGAAGGCCAAGCAGGCGGCCGCCCCCGCCGGGCAAAAGGCCGGCAAGCCGUUGCUGCCCACCUCCGCCCCGCUGCAGAAACUGCUGGGGCCCGAGGCCAAGAGCGCGGAGAAGCAGAGCGCCGGCGGCAGCCCCGAGGCGACCCCCGCGCCCGGAGAGCCCGCGGCCAAGAAGACGCCCAUCAAGAAGCCGCCGCGCAAGAAGGGCCGCGAGGGGGCCGCGGAGCCGCCCAAGGCAGCCGCCAGCUCCCCGCAGACUGUACAGUAGGGCAGGAGGAAGCCGAGGCCAGCGGAGACCCUGCGGCCUCUCUUUGGAUGGGGUCCCCCUGGGAUGGGCCGAGGGGCUUCCGGGGACCUGGCGCUGGCGCUGGGCUCUGGCAGGGAGGGGGUGAGGGUGGGGUUCCAUUAAACCAGCGCUAUAACUGCUUCUCGACCUCCGCGGAGACUCUCGCAGGCCGGGGGGGGGGGGUAGGGAGGGGUCUGAGACUGGGACAGUCGGGCAGGACUCAGCAGAAGGUCCUUUUCUUGGAGGAGGGGUGGCUGCAUUUCCCUCUGGGAAGCCUCUUGCCCCUUAAAGUGGGAGGCAGGCUUCACUUGUGGGGGGGAGCACAAUCCCUGGGAAGUGUGGGCAGAUUCUGCAGGAAGAUGGGUGUAUGUGUGUUGGGGCUGCUGCUGGAUCAUCUGUGGGCUGGAAUCAGAACAGACCUGAUUUGGGCCAGUGGUGGAAUACAAAUUUUUUUGCUACUGGUUCUGUGGGCAUUGCAGGGGAAGGAUAUGCCAUUGCCACCCCAUUCCAGGGGGAG